AUGGGACUUCCAAUGGAUCCUAAUCUCGCUGAAAUUCAUGUCCCGAGCGGGCCUACUUCGGUUCACCAGGCUGAAUCAUUUGAAGGCCUCACCCUACAGCAACUGAUCUCCCGCAAGGAUAACCUCGAAGCAGAGUUGAAAGCCCUGGGCACUGUCUUGGACAGUCAUGGCGUUACGAUGGAGACCAGUCUGACAACCUUUGACGGCUAUCCAAGAUCAGACAUAGACGUGGCACAAGUUCGAGUUACUAGAGCACGCAUCAUCGCCCUUCGCAAUGACUGGAAGGCCUUAAUGGACAAGAUCGAGAAGGGCCUUCAUGAACAUCAUGCUAAAUAUCAGGCAUCAGACGAAUACAAAAACUCUCUCACUCGCCCCCAAUCAGAACCUACGCCUACAUCCGCACAAACGCCCUCCGCUCCAGAGACACCUUUUGCAAAGGUCAGCAGAGUUGAGCCUGGCAGCCCGGCAAACGAGGCUGGUCUCAAAUCGGGAGACCUGAUAAGAAGGUUUGGAGAUGUGAUAUGGUCAAACCACGAGAGAUUGCGCAAAGUCGGGGAAACCGUGGGUCAGAAUUUGAAUCGACCAAUCUCGGUCAAGAUUUCUCGGGGCAACGGUUCUGAAGCGCAAGAGCUGGAGCUUAAGCUUACACCAAGGCAGAACUGGGGAGGUAGAGGAACCUUGGGAUGCCAUAUUGUUCCUGUAUGA